UUCCGUAACAAUAAAAAAUUUCUCGCCAGCAAGAGGGGGAGGAGGUAGAGAGCAGUGAGCAAAGAGAGAUAUUUGCCUAUCUUCCCAAUUACUACACGUACAGAUACAGGUGGAGGAGUGGCGGUGGAAGCCCAGCCCAGCCCAGCAUGGUUGACGGCGGCGCAAGCGGCAACAGAGGCCAUAACAACAACAACCACAGCCACGGCGGUGGUCAUAGUAACAAGCCGGAGUGGCUCCAACAGUACGAUCUGAUAGGGAAGAUCGGGGAAGGCACCUACGGCCUGGUGUUUCUUGCAAGGACCAAGUCUCCUCCGUCCAACCGCGGAAAAUCCAUCGCCAUCAAGAAAUUCAAGCAGUCCAAGGACGGUGAUGGCGUCUCCCCCACUGCCAUCCGUGAAAUCAUGUUGCUGCGGGAAAUAUCGCACGAGAAUGUGGUGAAGCUCGUGAACGUUCAUAUCAACCACACAGACAUGUCCCUCUAUCUGGCUUUCGAUUACGCAGAACAUGACCUUUAUGAAAUCAUUAGACAUCACAGAGACAAAGUUAAUCACGCAAUCAAUUAUUACACUAUUAAGACAUUGCUCUGGCAGCUGCUCAAUGGACUCAAUUAUCUCCAUAGUAACUGGAUCAUUCAUCGUGAUUUAAAGCCAUCUAAUAUCUUGGUUAUGGGCGACAAAGAGGAGCAAGGAGUUGUGAAAAUUGCGGAUUUUGGACUUGCAAGGAUAUAUCAGGCUCCCUUAAAGUCGUUGUCUGAAAAUGGGGUUGUGGUAACCAUUUGGUACCGUGCACCGGAAUUGCUCCUUGGGGCUAAGCACUAUACAAGUGCUGUUGAUAUGUGGGCUGUCGGAUGCAUCUUUGCUGAGCUUUUGACUUUGAAGCCAUUAUUUCAAGGCGCAGAAGUCAAAGCUACACCAAACCCUUUUCAGCUUGAUCAACUUGACAAGAUAUUCAAGGUCUUGGGUCAUCCUACACUAGAAAAGUGGCCAGCACUUGCGAACCUUCCACAAUGGCAACAAGAUAUACAACAUAUUCAAGGCCAUAAAUAUGAUAAUACUGCGUUGUAUAGUGUAGUUAACCUCUCUCCAAAAAGUCCUGCAUAUGACCUGCUAUCUAAGAUGCUUGAAUAUGAUCCUCGAAAGCGUAUAACAGCUGCACAAGCAUUAGAGCAUGAGUAUUUUCGUUUUGAACCUCUACCAGGACGCAAUGCUUUGGUACCUACCCAAGGAGAGAAAGUAGUGAAUUAUCCUACUCGUCCGGUAGACACAACCACAGAUUUUGAAGGGACAACUAGCAUUCAACCUUCACAACCGGUAUCAACUGGAAAUGCACUAUCUGGAAACAUGUCAGCUGCUCAUGGAGGGAUGAACAGAUCCGUGCCCAGGCCGAUGCUUAACCUGCAAAGAAUGCAGCCACAGGGCAUGACUGCUUAUAAUCUUGCAUCUCAGGCAGGGAUGGGUGGUGCAAUGAAUCCUGCCGGCAUGCCAAUGCAGCGUGGUGUAGCACAGGCCCAUCACCAACAGCAGUUGAGAAGGAAAGAUAAUGGAAUGGGGAUGACGGGAUACCCUCCACAGCAGAAAUCCAGACGUUUCUGAGGAAUAUUGCACCUUUUGUACUUUAGUUGCCAUGAGCGAUCUGAAAUUCAUGAAGAGAUGGGAUGCUGUAGAGGGUAUUCGGUUAGUCUUGGAAUGCUGGUUGGUGCAGUGGGACGAAGAUUUCAGUUACUGCAAUCUAACUGGUGCUCCUGUAUAUCAGUGUACACUAGCAAAUUGUGACUCGAUUUCUGUACAAGUUUGUUGUUAAGCAAGAAAAACAGUAGUUGGAGAAGUUCGUGUGGCUGCCGCAUCGACGAACUUUUAAGUAUUAUUGAAUCCUCACUAAUAGAGAAAACAGAGAAAGGAGUGAUGGUAGGGGAGAAUAUAGAAACACAUUUGUUUUUGGGUGAGAUUUUCAUCAACUUUGACUGGGACUCUCACUCUGUUACAUAUGUUUGUAUGUAUCUUAAGAAGAAUAGUGAUUUAGAGAAACAAACAAUUGUAAUAUUUUCUUCGAAGGGAAAAUUUUUGAAAUGUCAUAUGAAUUUGUUCAUAUU